UGCCGACAUGCCAUCAAAGGAGAGGACGGAGGCACAGAGGGGACCGCCGGAAAGCGAAUCUGCUCCUGAAAUGAAAAGAAGGGGAAAGAACUGACCAAACAUUUGCAGAUUUCGCCGGCACCGGGGCCGAGCAGGAGGACUCUGACCCUGCUGUGCAAACACAACGCAAACCCUGAAGCCAGAAAUUGCAUUUUGCACAUUUCUGCUGGUGGAGAGACCAAGGAUCCACAGGGGAAACUGUUGGCAUGGAAGAUCUGGUGAAAGACCCCAGGUUCGACCCUGGUCUGGUCCACCUCUUAAUUGAGAAUUUCAGCAUCCCGGCCGCCUGCUUUUCCCACCCGCCAAGGGCUCUGCAAUGGCUGCAACAGCAGAACAUGGUGGAGCUCUGCGUGACCGGGAUGGUGACCUUCCUCACCCUCUUGUCCGUGGUCAUCUUUGUGGAAGACGCCUUGUAUCUUUCUAAGAAGAUCCGCUGUUUCGUCAAGAUGAAAACUCUCAUUUGGAGCAGUUCGGGGCCGACCGUCAUUUCCAUCUUUUGCCUUGUUGGACUCUGGAUCCCGAGGUCCAUGGCGGUGGUGGAGAUGGCCAUAACUUCGUACUUUGCUGUCUGCUUCUACCUGAUGACGUUGGUCAUCGUGGAAGGACUCGGGGGCAAGGCGGCCGUGCUCAAGACCCUGAAGGACACUCCGGUGAGGAUCAGCACGGGGCCCUGUUGCUGUUGCUGCCCUUGCUGCCCACACAUCACAAUGACCAAGCGAAAGCUACGGAUUCUGAUCCUGGGCACCUUCCAAUAUGCCUUCUUCCGAGGCGCCUGUGCCUUUUUGGGGCUUGUUUUGACCGCGGAAGAUCUGUAUGACACAGCCGAUAUCUCAGAAUACAGCGUGGCUCUUUGGAUCAACACCACGGCCGGCGUCUCCACCCUCUUUGCUCUCUGGGCAUUGGGCAUCCUCUUUCGUUCUGUCAAGAUGCACCUGUCAGAACAGAACGUGGGUGCCAAAUUUGCGUGCUUCCAGGUUCUCCUGAUUUUGACAGCGCUGCAGCCCUCCAUCUUCAGCAUUUUGGGGAACGGCGGACAGAUUGCCUGCGCCCCACCAUUCUCCUCCAGAUCGCGGUCCCAGCAGAUGCACUGCCAGCUCCUGAUCGUAGAGACCUUCCUCAUGACCAUCUUGACCAGGAUGUAUUACCGGAAAGCGGAUGACCAGUCCGGCUGCUGUUCAGCUGGAUCUCCAGAGAGCACAAUAGAACCAAACGGUCACUAAAAUGAACGGAAUAUGGAGGCGGAUGUUAGAACCACAUAGCUGUUUCUUUUUAGUAACUUUUUGGAUAUCCCAAUUGGAACAAACAAUGGCUUUUUUCAGGGAAACUGUUUGCAAUUUGCUAGGAGAAGCAAAAACGCAGGGGGUUUGAUGCAGCUUUAUGACCACUGCAACCACGGACAUGUUGAGCCACCCAUGGCUUCCAAAGGACUGCAGACACUCAUCCAAUUGUCAAAAGAGAAUACGUUGGUGAAUGUAUGUUGUGAGUCUCAUUAUAUAAUAUCGGAGUUAUGAGAGACUAACUGUAUUCCACCUGCAAAGGGUUUGCUUCAAGUGAAUACGAGGGUUGAAUGAAAAGUAAUGCCUCCACCUUCGUAACUCCUCAAGAGAUGGCAGUCCUGGUCUGCGGUAGAUCCUGUCUUGUUCAGUAGAUUCUCCUUGUGAGGAAUGGUUUUGAAUAACGGCUGAGGUUCUUUCAGGCAAGGGGGAAUUUAAUUACUACUGCCACCAAAUUGUCAAGAUCUUAAUUAAUGCCGGCCACCAAUUGUAAAGGGGCUAAUUAUUAAAAUGACUGCCACCAAUGUGGAAAGAUGGAACCACAAAAGAUUCAGGGAGGAGACCUUUUACUUUGUAUUCCUUUUUUCUUAUUAUUUACUUCAGAUGGUAGCGUACUUAGUUUAUGAUAUAUAUGACAGAGGCUUCCAUGUUGGAAAAAUAAGAACAAGUUUAUUCAGGCACAAAGCUUAGUGGUUACAUUGAUGUUUCUCACAUAGAGGUAUUCUUCUUAUUAACAGUUACAAUUCUCAAAUAAGAUGAAUCAACUCUCUAAAAUAUUACUUCUUUCACCUAAGGUAAUUAAACCUUAUUCCUCAGCCACUUCUAUACCACAGUCACCCCUGUGAUGUGCUAUCACAGCUUCUCUGUUCCUUACCAGGACACAGAUUAUACCAAAUAAGUCACCAAACUUAUUUUAAACUGACUCAAAAUGACCAAUUGAGUCUCCCUGAUCCCCUAACCUAGGAUCAGUCUUCCCUGUGCCUCAUCAGAACACAGACUGGCUCUCUUUUUUUUAAACUCUGCUCUUCUUCAGCUAACCGGCAGUUGGCUCCGCCCACUUCUCCAUGGCAACCAGCCUCUGAGUGCUGAGAGGAAUAACUGCAAUACUUAUGCUUUUAAAACACAAACACACAAUUAAACAUAACAUCUGUAUACCAAAAAUUUGUACUUCAUUACACUCCUCUACAGUUAGUUCUAUCUGGCGGGAAGCCUUAGCAUUGAACGGUUGUGUUGUUAAAGUGUGAAGUAUGGAACCCUGCGCAGAUGGUUGGUCAAUGCAACUUAAGCAACGUGCAGUCAUUAAAUUCUUGACCGCAGAAGGUGUCACCCCAAAGGAGAUUCAUCAGAGAAUGCAAGCUGUUUAUGAUGCUUGUGUUGAUGUGAGUCCUGUGUGUCAUUGGGCAAGUAAGUUUAAAGAUGUUGAGGUGGGAACAUCUGACUUGCGUGACAAACAAAGAGUUGGACGUCCUGUGACAGCAACCACCGAGUUUCACAAGCAAAAGGCUGACAGAUUUAUUCAGGACGAUCAUUGUAUCACUCGGAGAGAAAUUUCAAGUAUAAUCGGCAUUUCACAAGAGUGUGUUGGUCACAUUAUUGCUUUGCUUGGCUAUCGGAAGAUCUGGUGGGACGUCGGUUGCGGAAACCGAGUGUCGACUUCUUCCGUGAUGGCUUCAGAAAACAUGUUCAUCGCUGGUAGAAAUGUAUCCAAUUGUCUGGUGAUUAUGUGGGAAAGUGAAUAGUGGUAGUUAAAGAGCACAUUCUAAGGAUUAUUUCUGUGUUUGAUUUAUUAAAAUAUUCCCAUCCGAACCCAAGUACUUUUCAUUCAACUCUCGUAGAAGCAGGUCCAAAGUAAAGUUGGUGGAGAAGGAAGUUAAAUUGAGUUUCUUCUACCGCCUUUCUUCUCUGUAUUCUUAUUGGCAUCAACCCUCCCAUAAAACCGUCUUUCAUAAGCAAAUAGUUCAACCAUGAUGCAGACUUGCGGCACUGAUCCAUCACUUUGGACCUUUCCAGACAGACCCUAUAUCCUAGGAUGUGGUCCCAGGUUUUCUGUGUAUCCUGGAUUAUCUGGCAGUGCAGACUCAUAUAAUCCAGUCUAAAGCAGAAAACCUGGGAUCAGAUCCUGGGAUAUAGGGCCAACCUGGAAGGGACCUUUAUUUCUCUUGCAUAGUUUUUUUUAACGAUCUGUGUCUGAGGUGCCAUUGGGAUUCAAAAGCUGGCAUGAUGUCCUUUGCAGUUUCUACUUGUCCUAAUAAAGGGAUCACCAUAA